CAUACACCUCCAAGAACGUCUCUCAAACAUUCCAUGGCAGGACGAUUCCAUGGCAAGGGCUUUCUGGUAAAAUCAACUGCCACUCUGCCAGGUUAUUAUCGUAUAAAGAUCCAUAUAGUUCCAUACUACCAGCAGCACCACCACCAAGCACAGGCCCCUCUGCCACCAUGCUCACUCCCCUCUUCUCAGCGGCCAUGGAGCCCCAGAGUGGCGAGAGGGAGCUCCAGCUUCUCCUCCUCCCCACAACGACGCCUCUCGACGCCGCCUUCCACGCCCCUCCGCCGCCGGCCAGCCCCUCCGACCACCCGCAGCUGGACCUGAGCCUGUCCAUCAGCAUUGAAUCACCGCCUGCACCCCAGCCGCCGCCGCCGCCGCCGCCAGCAGCCGCCGCUGCUGACCAGAUCAAGAAGGUUGCAGCGGGGGCGGCGGCGGACGUGCAGGCGCUGAAGCGGCAGGCGGCGGAGCAGGCCCGGAUGGCGUCGGCGGAGCGGGCGUACGCGGAGCGCGUGUUGGAGCUGGCGCGGCGGGAGCUGGAGCUGGCGGAGCGGGAGUUCGCGCGGGCGCGGGCCAUCUGGGAGAGCGCCCGCGGCGAGGUGGAGAAGGUGGAGCGCGUCAAGGCGAUGGCGGCGCGCCGGAUCGCCGCCGGAUCCGCCGCGGCGCUCGAGAUCACCUGCCACGCCUGCAUGCAGCGCUUCCACCCUUAAAGUUAAACCACCACCAUAGAAGAUAGACCUCCACCCCAUGCCGUGCAUGUUCUCAUGGCUACCUUGACUAUUAUAUUAGCUGCUAAUGAAGGGAUUUGUUUAUGAGUGUUUUAUAUGUCAGUUAAUUCAGGCCUACCUCGAUCGCAUCGAUCAUCGAUGAUCAUAAGUUGGUGAUUCAGUGGAAAAGGGAAAGGACAGGAGCAGAUCAAUGUUCUUCGUUCUCUUGCUUUUCUUGUAGAAUACUGCACCGUUUCCAGCCUAAAAGGAGAGGGAAAGGGAAUCUAGCCAGCAGUUUAGCUUUA